AACUGGCAGCGUAAGCAAGGGUUCAAUAGUCUAUCCGUGACGGCUCGUUCGGUCGAGGAAACGCUGGCAGAGAGUUACACCCUCUCUACACGCCAACGUUAUUAUCAAGCCGACUAUUGUACUCCCGACAGGCGGGCUCAUACUUGAGUCACGGCUAAAUUUGAACUAGACCAACUAAGGGAGCGAGCACAAAGUGAAAGCCGUGAGUGCGCGAACGCGUUCGCAUGUGAGCGUGGUUCGCUUCGGCGGUAAAUCAAGCUUCCAAAAUGACUUGGCAGGGGGAGCGGAUGCCCCCUCCGAAUCGUUGCGAGAGGUUUUCUCGCUAUGCCCUGAUUUGUUGCAACGUUCUGUCAUGGCUCUUCGGUCUCGCAAUGAUGAUUUUGUGCCUUUUCAUCGUAUACGACAAGGGACUCGUCGAAGUCCGUGAGAACCUACGGCUGUUCGGCAGUUAUAAAGUCGGUCUGGUGAUAGCCAUAUGCAUUGCCAUCGGAGUCUGCCUGGUCAGCCUCUUAGGUUGCUGUGUUACAUGGCAUCGCUCAUCGAAAGGAUUGAUCAUCUACAGCGCUCUUUGCAUUCUGUUCGUGAUCGGAGAAAUAAUUGUGAUGGUUUUGGUUUUCAAAUACACGUCGAGCAACAAGCUGGAUGAGAUACUCUCGCGCGAGUUCCAGAGCGCCAUCAACCGGAUGAAGCUCGACAAGAAGCAGGCGACCCAUUUCAUGGAUACGAUACAAGAGAAUUUGCAGUGCUGUGGAGGAUUCUCCUUCGAGGACUACACCCAGCAGGAAAUGGAUCUCCCGCCGAGUUGCUACUUUGGAGACGCGAGUGUUUACGAUGUCGGUUGCGGGAAAAUGUUGAUGCGGCAUCUGAACGCAAACGGUCUUGCCGUGGGCCUCAUAGCCGUCUCAAUUUUACUACUGCAGCUUGGGCUCAUCGUGUGUUCAUGGUCGAUUUUCUUCAACAAACGAGAACUCCGGAGACGAAUCGCUGCAUCAAAGGUUUGAAUUGUCUCUCCGCGGGCUUCGGAACGGGACUCGGUGACGUGUAAAGUAGUCAUACGCUGCGUCCGAAGAAUAUUUCCCGGCACCUGUUCGGGUGGGUCGUCCCCACCGCUUGUUGUACAAAUGUCUGUCUAGCUGCAUUCAGGAGAUUUGGAAAUGGGGGAACCGCUGGCUCGGUUGGGGAUCCGGCAACUUCUCAGGGAGUCUCUAUUUAGUCGGCCUCCAGGCGAAUUAAUAGUUGAUUUCGAUUAAAUAAGCUAGUCAUUUAUAUUACUGUGGAUGAAUAAAGAUCGUCGAUCGAUUCCAUA